AUGUCUCUGCAAACCGCGGUGGAUGGAUCCAUUGUAUCAGCUGCAUCUACAACAUUUAAUUCAGUCAGACAUGAUGGAUCGAAUCAUUAUGGUUUCGACCCUCGCAAUCUUGAAAUUAAGACGAAAUCAGUUGAGCAAACACUCGUGCCACUUGUGACACAGAUUACGACGCUCGUAAACUUAAAGGAAAAUUUUCUAAUUAGCGGAAAACAUCGAUCAGACAAGGCACUUCGAUCAGCGUUAAAGAUUGGAUCUGCAGUUGAGGCAGCCAUAGAACGUUUUGUUGCAGUUGGCGAAACAAUAGCUGAUGAGAAUGUCGAUAUACAACCCGAAAUGUAUGAUGCUUGUCAUGAAGCCAGACUUGCUGGUGCCUCGAUUGCCAAUCUAAGCGGUUGUUUAAUAGAUGAUUCUAAUGUUACAAUCGACAAAUCAGUACUUGUACGUGCAGCACGUCAGUUACUGUCCUCAGUUACUCGAGUAUUGUUACUGGCAGAUCGCGUACUUGUAAGGCAUAUAUUAAGAGCUGAAGAUAAGAUAUCAUUUUCCCUCGUUAAAUUGGAAAAUACUUCAAAUUUCACGGAAUUUGUGAAAAUUUUUACUGAAUUUGGUGGUGAUAUGGUUGAUCUAGCACAUCGAUCGGGUGAUAGGCAAAAUGAUUUGAAAAGUGAGAAACGUCGAGGACAAAUGGCUGUUGCUCGUACCAUGCUUGAGAGAUUAACCAUGUUGCUUUUGACGUCCAAUAAAACACUUUUAAGGCAUCCGGAAAAUGAAAGUGCUCGUCAGUGCCGUGAUGGCGUUUUUCACCAGUUGCGCUUAGCACUUCAACUAAUCGCAUUAUGUGUAACGGAUGGCAUUAUGCAAUUCGAUGGAGCACAUUUUGUUCAACCAUCGAAUGAGGAAGUUUUAGAUAUAGGGAUGCAGUUGACGGCAAAUGCAGCGAUGAAACAGCUAAUGGAUCUCCUGGAAAUGGUUCGAAUGACGUGUAAUGUGGGAACUGGAACAAGAGAGCGAUUGGUUUCGGCUUUGGAUUCCCUAUGUGAAAUGACUCAAGAUUUCACUGAUUCGGCUUAUACUCCCCAUCAUCAUCGCGAGCAAAUUCUUGAUUUUCUCGAAGAAUGUCGCUUUGAAAUGACUAAUUUGAUUCAACCAGAGAGUCAUGACGAACUGUCAAGAAGUGAUGGUAUUGAAGUAACGGUGGAACGAUUGAAUCACAGAUUGAGAGAUCUUAGAAAACAGCUUCAAAUUGUAGCCAUGGAACAGAUUUCUGAAAUACUUCGUACAAGUGAUGAUCAAUCAAUUUUAUCUUCGAUCAAAACUUGUUCGGUUUCUGGCGAUAUCGAUGGUGUCGAAAAGUAUUUAGUAAAAUUUCAGGAACAUGCUGAGCAUAUACAAGAAGUUUGUCGUCUUUUGCAUCACAUAUCAUUGUCUGACUGGUUGCAUGUUCUUACGGGUCAUGCAGAAAGAAAUCUUCGAGCUUUUACGCCGCUUACUGUAUUGGCUGGACGAUCACUUUGUAUGCAUCCAUCAUCUCGGAUAGCACGAGAAAAUCUGGAAGUAUUUUGUGAUACAUGGUCUCAAUGUGUAAAUGAUUUGUCGCGGCUUGCGAAAGAAACAGAUGCAGCAGUAAGCGGCCGUCUUGCUGCCGAAAAGCAAGCAUAUAUGUCGUUACCACGACCUGGGGUUAGUUAUGGACCAAACUUCCUUAAUUCUUCUCAAUCAUCCAUGUCACCUUCACCACCAUCUGACUUUUCAUUUGACUCAAACCGAGGGAUACAUUCAACUCAAACUUCGGAUAAUUCGAAUGGAAGGUUCGUAUCAAGUAAUGAAAUUUUGCUCGGCAAAUACUGCAUUUCUUUAAUAUAUCGUAUGAAAGCAUUUUUCUUCAGUUUACAUUAG